AUGGUGGGAAAUAUUAUUAGUUGGGAAUGGAAAACUGUAGGGUCAACAAAGUGCGAAUCAGCUUUUACGUUGUUAUCUGUACCUGCUCGCACUCCUCUGAAAGACGGCGAAUGCGCUCAACGAGCGCGGAUCGUCGUAAAAGUCGUCGUUCUCGAUCCCGUUCUUCCGAACGCGAUUAUAGAGAAACUAGGCGACGAGGACGGUCGAGAUCUAACGAGAGAUCAAAGUCUCUCACCAACCAUCGUUUAUCGAAGACAAUGCGAAUAUCUACGUCAAGAGGAAGAAAGAGUGACGAGGUUGCAUCUCGUUCAUCACCAUCAGAAGAAGAUCGCAAAAGGCGGAAACGUCAAAAAGAAAAAGAAGAGAGAUAAAUCAAAGACGCUUAAAUACAAAUGGGGAGCAUUUGGAGUGAUAUCAGAAACAGAUAUGAAAUCGAAAGAAGAAGAAUUUAACCUAUGGUUAUUAGAAGUACAAAAUCUUAACCCUGAAUCAAUCAGUCCUCCGCUUAUGAAAGAGCAUUUUAAGCGAUUUGUUGAAGACUACAACACUGCAACAUUACCCCACGUCAAAUAUUAUGGUCUCGAAAAAUGGGAAGCAGAGCAACGAGCCAAACGCUACAAUACUUCUCGUGAUCAGGUCGAAGAGAAAGGAGCUACGUUUGAUUUUGCAAAAGACGAAGAGGAGAUACGGAGGAUGCACCGACAAGGGUCGCAUGUUCCUCCACCGACAGGGCCGUUAUACACGAAAGAACAGCUGCUAGAAGUGAAGCGUGUUACGGCCGAGCGUAUUCAGGCAGAAAAAUUGAGAAAGAUGGGAUUCACUCCUAAAGAGAGCAUGGGAGUAAGAUAUGAAUGA